UGAAAAAAUAUAUAUAAAGCGGAGUAACCCACUAGACGCACUAUUUUAAGAGCAGGAGAGAGUUACUUUCACUUUCUCAAAGAAGUAAAAGUUAGCGAUAAAAACAACAACGUAAAACAAACAAUCAGCAUUCGUUUAACAUCUACCUAUAUUGCUGCUGUGAGGAGAGGCAGUUUGUUGGCUGUUGCUACUUCAUGGACUGACAAAGCAUUGUUAAGUAGACUAUCUAGGAGUCUUGGUUUACUCUGCUUCUGAUGGUGUUUGCAGCAAGGAUAAAGGCUCCUGCAUCAGAUUCUUAACUGCUGAGUGUGGGUGUAAUCAGUGGAAAGUUUGAACAGAUUCACUCUGUAUCAAUACCACUGAACCACAUAAAGGACACGGACACCGAACUGAGUGCAUCAUUAUAAACCUUUAUCAGGAUGGGAUGGUGGUACCUCACCAUACACAUGAUGAUAGCUGUCAAAGCAAGUACAGUACUUGAUCAAGGAAUAGUGUGCAUGUUACAGUGUAUUGAUAGUAGUAUAUUUAGCUUUGUAAAAAGCAUUUUAUGUGUAUCUGCAUGUACAUUGUGUAUGGAUAAAAUCUGAUAAAAUAUUUACUGUGCCAAUAAUCAAAUACUACAAUGUUAAAAUGAUCUACGAUGUUAAUUCAUAACUGCUCAGUAUUAAUUGUGAAUUAAAAAUUAGCUGUUAUUAUGAACUGAAAAGUAGCUGUGUUAUUGUCAACUGAAAAGUAGCAGUUUUAUUUUGAACUAAAAAGUAGCAGUGUUGUUAUGAACUGAAAAGUAGCAGUGUUAUUAUGAACUGAAAAGUAGCAGUGUUAUUGCUUAGUAUAUUGAGGGUCACUCAAUAUUAAUGAAUUUCAAUUCUGUAUAUUAAUGCUGUGGCUAUGAACAAGAUGUCGUUCAAUGACAAUGACACUGAGACACUGUUGUUACCAGCUGGCAAACAAAAAUCAUCUAUGCCGUACAGCAAUACGGAGUAUGAAGAUGAUUGUGACAUAGGAAACCUUCAGUCCAGGCCAAGUCCUGUUCAUCAACAGAUGCACAGUGGCCCAACUAGAGAGGACAAAGGCGAAUCUAUAUUGACAUGCUCAGGAAGCCAUAUUGUUGUGGAAGAUGCCCACGGUGGACUCGGAAGCAGCACAACCAACCUGGAGACAUUGAUGCACCUUCUCAAGGGCAUGAUAGGGACAGGUAUCCUGGCCAUGCCCGUGGCAUUCAAGAAUGGAGGGCUCUGGGUCAGCUUUGUGAUCAUAUUCCUCAUAGGGAUCACUUCCCUGCACUGCAUGCACAUGCUUGUCGAGGCGGGCAACAAACUGUGCAAAGAUCAGUCCAGGACACACCUGGACUUUGCGUCUACGAUGGAGGUCGCACUGAGUAGACAUCAUCUGCUGCAAAGAUGGAGUCGGGCUGGAAGGCAAUUUGUGAAUGUGUUCCUGAUCAUCACCCAGCUAGGCUUCUGCUGUGUGUACAUUGUGUUUGUUGCUGAGAAUAUGAAACAGGUAAUUGAAUAUAAAGGCACUUUUUCAUUGGAUAAGAAAAUCUAUAUGAGCCUUGUUACCGCAUUCUUGAUUCCGUAUGUGAUGGUGCGAAGUUUGAAGCGGCUGGCUCCCUUCUCCACCUUCGCCAACCUGCUCAAUUCUGUGGGGCUGGUGAUCAUCAUGGUGAACUUGUUCCAAACGUUUCCGGACUUCCCUACCAGACCAGCCACCGGGGAUAUCUCCAAUCUGCCAGUGUUCUUUGGUCAGGCUAUGUUCGCCUUCGAAGGGAUUGGUUUGGUGCUACCACUUCACAACAAAAUGAAGGAGAAGGAAGCAUUUCUGGGGAAGGCUGGUGUCCUUAAUCUGGGACUAACAAUCGUUAUAUGCCUGUACUCGGCGGUGGGUUUCUAUGGUUACUUGAAGUAUGGUGACGAUGCCAAGGGAAGCGUGACCUUGAACUUGCCGAAUGAUGAGUGGCUCUAUCUGUCGGUGAAGCUGAUGUUUGCCUUGUCGCUGUUCAUCAGCUACGCUCUACAGCUGUACGUUCCCAUAUACAUCAUAUGGCCUUUCAUAGAGGAGAAAUAUCCCCGUCUCAACAAGAAGAUGGAAUAUGCAUUCAGAGCUGGCCUUGUUAUAUUUACAUUUGCUCUGGCUGUGCUAGUGCCUCAUCUGGAUCUACUGAUUUCAUUGGUUGGAGCCUUUGCCUGCUCAUCCCUUGCACUCAUAAUUCCACCAAUCAUAGACCUUGUUACUUUCAAACGUGGAACUUUGAUCUGGAUCAAGAAUGUAACAAUUGUUCUAAUUGGAGUAAUAGGUUUUGCUACUGGCACAUAUUCAUCAAUUAAUGAAAUAAUCAAGCAAUUUUAAUGUGUGGAAAAUAUUUGUUCUGAUAUUGUGAUAACCCUUGACAAUUUAUUUGUAACAUGACUACUUAGGGUUUAAAUAUUAAUUAUUUGUCUAAUAUUGUUAGCUUAUCAAAGUGUUUAAUACAGAUUUUUAUGAAAGGUGUCUCAAAACUCAGUUACCAUACCUAAAGAUGCAUAAAUUAUUUUAUUUUACUAAAAGAGCAAUAUAUAUUGUUGUCUUAAAUAUAUUUAAUAUAUUUCCCUUCUGACAUAUUUUUAGCUCAUCUGAGCAGAAGGUCGUGGCCUUAUUGUAUUGUGGGGUGGGGGAUGUUGACAGUAAGCAAGUAAUAUAAUAUUUUAUUGCCUCCAUAAUUGACUUUGGUAUUUCAGCUUUAGUAUUUUCACUUACUCUCACUUUAAAAGAUAAUAUUUGUAGUGUAUCCUGUACACAAAAUGCUAAUUUGUCUUUGGUUUGAUACAGGAUAAUUGACAGAGCAUUUCAUGGAUGGUUUCUAUGAGAUGUAUAUUUUGUGUGGCUUGUAGUCUUGAUGCUUUUAACACUGCUAGAAAUAUAAACAGAUUCAGAUAGAUCAUCAUAAAGUGAUCUUAUAAUGUAAUGACUGUUCACAUUUAAUUCUCAAUAUGUAUAUGUUUUGUUACGAAGAGGACCUUGCAUUUAUUUGUAUUUCCAACUUAAUUUGUGUGAAGAACUGCUGCUUAUUUGUGUUUGACAUGUCAGUCUUUAUUUUAUGUUAAAGAAUAUGUUAGCCCCUCUACCUCACAUUUCCAGUAAAAGCUUUAAUUAUUUGAUGAAAUCCAUGUUUCUGGGGAAAUGAAAAAAAGUAGAAUAAUUACCACUCAACGGUUAUUACUAUGAAAGCCAAUAUUAAUUGUUAGACACUUCUGUGGAUUUAUGUGGGCCUGCUAAAUCAUGUGUUAAACAAAUAUUUACGCCUAGAGUUUUAUAUUAUAAAUUAUGAAAAAAUCUACAAAUUAAGAUCAAAUAAAGAUGCCUAAUGGUA